AUGCCAGCACCGUUAAGUCCCAAUCAGCUCGAUCAGAUGGAGUACCCCCUUACGGAUAGGAUGGAAGACCUUAAAAUAUUGAAGGAAAGGAUCGUUCAACUCGAGAUGCAAGUUGCAGACGUCAGCACCCAGAUCCACCGUUUGCGUGGAAAACAUGACAUCAACAAAACGUUCCUGGCAGAGCUUUCCGAUAUUGGGGGGGUUAUCGGUCGCUUCUCCCGCAUAGGGGAUCGAGGACCUAUUGCGGACAUGGAAAGAAGUGAACGAAAGCUGUUCAUGGAGCUCAUCGUUCUCAUAGCCAACAACAGAAACGCGGCUGACAACGAGGCGAAAGUCCUUGGACAACAUCUUCAAUCACUUCUCACGGACCUAGAAGAUUUAAAGGCAAAACGCAGAAAGAUUCAAGGGAAGGAUGAUGAUUUGGAUGCCUUUCUCGCGAAUCAACAGGUCAACGAAGACGAGAACGGCCCGCGGGAAGAUCUAUAA